UUGACGUCAUGGGUGUGUUAUGAGGGCAAAAUGGCCGACAUUGUCAUGUCUUGUUGUAUGUCGGAUCAGGAAAAAGAACAGAAGAGUCGAAGUAAAGAUAUAGACAGACUCAUCGCCAAGGAAAAGGCACAAUUUAGACGGACAAUUAAAAUUCUUUUGCUCGGUGCAGGUGAGAGUGGUAAAAGUACAUUCUUAAAGCAAAUGAGAAUCAUUCAUGGGCAGGACUUUGAUGAAGAGUCUAUCAAGGAAUUCAAAAGUGUGAUAUACGGUAACGCAGUAAAAGGUCUGAGAGUUCUAAUAGACGCCCGGGAAAAACUAGGAAUACCCUGGGGUGACGAAGAAAAUGCCAAGCAUGGGGCCUUCGUUUUUAGCUACAACACUUCCACAAAACUGGACGAGACAUCGUUUUUGCAGUAUGUAGAACCGAUGAGAAGUCUUUGGCAGGAUAAGGGUAUUCAAGCUGCGUAUGAUAGAAGAAGGGAAUUCCAAUUGGGAGAUUCACUGAAGUACUUCCUGGAUGACUUGAAUCGAGUUGGACAACCAGGCUAUGUGCCAACAAAACUUGAUAUUCUCCAUGCUAGAAAGGCUACUAAAGGCAUCAUUGAGCACACCAUUGAUAUCAGUGGGGUACCAUUUCUGUUUGUGGAUGUUGGAGGUCAAAGGUCACAAAGACAAAAAUGGUUUCAAUGCUUCGAGAGCAUUACUUCAAUUCUUUUCCUGGCCUCCUCCAGUGAAUUUGAUCAAGUGCUUUUAGAGGACAGGAAAACAAAUCGUCUUCAGGAGUCGUGUGACAUCUUUGAAACAAUUAUAAACAAUAAAACUUUUUGCAGUGUGUCAAUAAUUCUCUUUCUGAACAAAUUCGACCUUUUAAAAGAGAAAAUCAAGCAUGUCAGCAUAAAAGACUACUUCCCCGAUUUUCCAGGUGACCCUCAUAAUCUCGAACAUGUACAGAACUUUCUGUUAACAAUGUUCGAUGAGAAGCGAAAAGAUCGGAGUAAACCUCUGUUUCAUCAUUUCACAACUGCCAUAGACACUGAGAAUGUGAAAUUUGUCUUUCAGGCUGUGAAGGACACGAUUCUACAAGAAAACCUCAAGUCUCUCAUGUUACAGUGAGGGUGGUUCUACCUACAAGUGUUGUGAAAUAAGCAAAUCAAAACAAAUGAGUAUAGAUUGCCCGUAUAUCUUACAGGGGAGCCACCUGUCAGUGACUCGGUCACCUAACAUGAGUGAGGGGCUGUCAGAAAUACAGAGAUCCUCAUUAGGGGGACUUGCUUGAUAUAGCUUCAUGUGGCAAGUAUGUGUCAUGUGCAAAAUAUGUGAGCAGUGUACGAAAGCGAGAGGUAUCACCUUAAAUGAUACAGAAUUCUGCAUAUAUCUUUUUCUAGUCCAUCAUUAAGGGAGUGAUAAUUGCUCUGUCAAUAUGCAUGUUGUACAUGUAGUGUGGUGAUUUUGUGUAAUGGUGUUGAGCCUUCUGUCAUUUCACAUUUGUAAAAUGCACUAUUUGUGUAUAUUCAAAAUAAUAUUGACUAUAAGAAGUUACAUUACACACACAUUCACACUGUGUAUUGACACUUUUUUUCCAGGAAAUUUUAUUCUUUCACUUCAGAAGUGUACAUUAGUUGUUUUUUUUUUUUUUUCAGAAACACUUUAAUUAUGUAUUAUCUAUAACCAGCAUAAAAAAGUCAGGCAAGGAUGCAUGUCAAUCUGUUAUCAGCCAUUUUAUUCACUUCAAGGUCACAUAGAUUUGUUUUUUUCCUGUAAGAUUUGAAUAGUUAUGUAUCGUUUAUCUUCAGAAGUUCAGAGUCACUGAAUGUUUGUGUUAUCUACCAGUGACGAUAAUUCUGGGCUCACGUUAUGUAGUAGUUUCAUUUUGACCAAAUUGUUGAGAUUAUGUUGGCACAAAUCACAUGACAGGAAGAUGUAAUUUUUUUUAAUUUAUUUUACCCACUUAUUGGCAGUCCAGUAAUAUCAUUGUAUUCACUUUGACCCAGUCAAAUUUAAGUAUUUUCAAAAACAUGUAUUUUCAUUAAAAUAAUGUUAUGUUUACAAUUGCUUUCUAUUGUUUGAUUUUUUAAACAUGUUGAAAAGCACAUUCAGGUGCUUUUAAAACUUUGUAAUGUAAUAACAAGGAAAAAAUUUUAUGUAUGAAGACAUUUACACAGUGAUUUACUUGUAUAGGUUGUAGUGAUUUAUCAAAUGAAAACUGUGGUACAUUUCCUGUAUAAUUAUAACAUUCCUGGCUGACUACUUGGGCUAGGUUUGUGUCCGUGCUUUAUGUAUUUACAGUUUGUAGUAAACACUUGAUCCGUCAGCGAGAUCUUUGAAAUUCAAUACUUUUUCUAAAGACUUCCUGUAGAAUACUUGUUAUCACUUCCUCUAAAAACAGACUUAUUUAGAUGACUGAAUCGUUUUUGUGUGAUGGCUAUAAGUACUGAAGACUUGUCCGUUUUUAUUCAUCAUAUUAAGUAUUUGAUGAGGACUUCCUUGUUCAGUUUAAGGGGCAUACCGAAAUUCAAUCUUACUUUAUAACCUGAAAAAAUAACUUUUAAGUAUGUAUCACUUUCAUAGCUUGAAUGUUUACAAGUUUCAUCUUUUUUGUCUAUCUGUGAAAGAACUUUAAAUGUUGUUACAAAUGUUGAAAUAAGUGUGUGCAGACCAUUUUUAAUACAUCACUUAGUAAGUGGAGUCAAUUGUUUGAAAGAUGUACACGUUUAGUUAUAACCAAUUUCAGGAUUAUCUUAGCUAAGAGAGAGGGAGAGCAAGAGAGAAGCAAAGAGAGUAAUCCAUUUCAGUAUAUUACAUAUAUUCAGAAAUUUUAAAGCUGUGUUAAUGUGAAUCACUGAAUUUUAAUAUAUAAAGAAUAGUAAAAGACCAUCACUUGUAGUAGGACUGUUGCUGAUUUUCAAAUGACUGUUGGUCGUUAAGUAGAAAUAUACGAAUGUUCAUCAAGUGCCUCAAUGCAUUCUGUAGUUUUUAUCCUAAGAAAUAAUUCAUAUUACAUCUUACAAUGUUGACAUGUGUAAUAAUUAUAAAAGUUUUCCUAAAUGUUUUGAAGUUUAAAAAGGUGAAUGCAAUAUUAUGGAUGUGUACUGGUAUAGAGGUCAUAAACAACUGUUGUAAUAAAUCGACAACAGAGAAAAGUAUGGCAAGAAGGAAAACGUUAUGAUGUGUAAAUGUAUUUCCUAAUGAGGAGCUGUAAGUUUGUUUCUAAGUAAGGGGCUUUACUGUUACAAAGCAUGAAUGAAUACUUCAUUUUCCCUGUGUUGCAAUAUUUUUAUACCUGUUCUCUGAUCAUUUUUUAUAGUUUUCACACUCAGUAUUUUAAAAUAGUCAUAUACUUCAUUAUUUUAUUUUUUAUUCUUUGGGGAAAUGGUUCAGUAUUUAAUCCUCUGCUGACUUCAGUGUAUGAAUUAUGCUUCAACUUCACUAUUUUUCUGUUAACAUUUUUAUGAAGCAAAGACUAGUUUAUUGUUCUUAUAUAUACAUUGCGUAGUUAUUAGCAAAUCUUGAUCCAGACUUUGCUCAAUAAUUUUCUAUUUUAUUACUGUACAAUCAGCAUAAACUUCCUUGGUGCAUUCGCUAGUGUCUUAAAGAAAGACAACUCCAGUUUUAACUUUAUUUCACAAACAUGUUUAUUUUCUUUGUAUUCCUUUGCAUGUUGUGUAAAAGUUAUGCCUUUCAUCAUAUAUUUUUUUCAUCCCACCAGAGAUAAAAUAAGAAAUCAGAAACAUUAAUUGCCAAAAUUCUCCUCAUUCUUUUAUCUAAGCCAAAUCAAUUGACCAAGAAUUUGUUAAUACAUAAUAUAUUUUCAUGUAUUUUGUUGGCGGGUAAUUUUAUAACUUAUCAUCUUUUGAAUCUGGUUUGAUUUUUAUUUACCUUUACAAUUUAUGUUUGGCCAACUUUAUUAAUGCAAGGUAAUUUUGAAUGAAAGAAUUCUACAAUUGCAGUAGUAUUAUAUAUGUCAUGUAAUUCAGAUUAUGUACAGUUGAACUUCAGUAUCUCGAACAUCGGUAUCUCGAAUACUUUGGAUAUGUCGAAGUGAGUUAGAAGUCCCAACUACUAUUUCUCUAUGGAUUUUAACCUCGAUAUGUCAAAUCCUUGGAUAUCUAGAAGUUUUUUCUCUCUCCCAUUGAGUUCGAGAUAACAAUGUUUGACUGUAUACAUUUUAUUGAAGCUUAUCUGCAAAUUCCUAUAAAAUAUAAAUUUUUGUCCUUUUUUCAUCUUGCACUGCUAGAGAUAUCUUUUCUAAUGGCAUUAACAGAAAAAAAGUCAAACCAGAGACAAUAUAACAGAGAAUUAUCUGUAGACACAAAUGUUAAGGCACUGGUUACUGGAUAUUGUCUGUUACGUGUGUAGCCUGAAAACAUCUGUAUGAUGCCCAGGCAGGAAUAAGAAUCAUUUAUCUACAUGUAAACAAUUACCUUAACGACAUAUAUAGAAAUUUUAGAUUAAAAUCUAUCUAUACUA